AUGCCUCUGUCCUUCGCUUCCGCCGCUCUUGCACUGGCCUCUAUCGUACCUGCGCUCGCUGCUCCGGCCGGUGGCCUCCUCAAGCGUGCCGCCAUUCCAUCAUAUGCCCUGACUUAUGCACCAUACACAUACCUCCAGAGUGGCGAAGGAUGGUUUCCCUCAGACGUUGCUACUCAUGUCAAGCACAUGUCAGUCGAUUACAACUACAAGAACGUGUCUGCGUCCGUGACCCUUGGGACAUUGAACAACUACAAUUCAUCAACCUUUUUGACUAGCUACGAUGACGUCGAGACCAACCCUGCUUGGCUCACCAGCACGUAUGGUAAGCCCAACGGCAAGGGAUACAGUGCUGCACCUGCUACUAUCAUUGUUGUGGAGAAGAGCGGCUUCGUCGAUGUGUGUUACUUUUACUUCUACAGCUACAACCAUGGCAGUCUGGUUCUUGGCAGUAGGGUCGACAAUCAUGUUGGAGAUUGGGAACAUAGUAUGAUUCGCUUCUCGACUGCAGGAGUACCUCAGAACGUCUACUACUCGGCUCACAGUAGCGGAACUGCAUACACAUACUCCGCCGUCUCGAAAGUUGGCGUGAGACCCAUCGUGUACUCUGCAGCAGGCAGUCAUGCCAACUAUGCCACAGCUGGCACCCAGAAGAUUUACCCAAUUGUUGGUAACAUUGUGACUGACACCACUGAUGCCGGGCCUUACUGGGAUGUCGCACAAAACUACCGCGGCUACUACUACGACCCUGCUAGCAACACUGUCACUUCUGCUGGCGGAGUCGGUUUCGGUGCUACCGAGCAAGCCUCUGAGAAAGUUGAUUGGCUUCAUUGGGCAGGCAUGUGGGGAGAUGAGCAGUAUCCUACCAGCGACAAGAGACAGAGUUGUGCACUUGGAAUUGACGACCUUUGUCAUUACCAGACUGGUCCUACAGGACCUCUAACCAAAAAUCUCGGACGUACAGCUGUUUGCCAGAAGGAGGAUGGAUGCACAAUCAAGACCAAGCUCUGA